AUGUCACUACGUCGAGUAACAUUUAGUGGACGAUUUGCACAAAAUGAAAGUAAUGCAGAAGAAUCAAGAACUAUGAUUAUUGCUAAAGGACUUUUUGCUUUAACAGUCGAUGUUGGAAUUGCAUUAGCUGUAGCAUUUUAUGCAUUAAAUAUGUUUGUUGGCAAACUUGUUAUACCAUAUGAACGUGGUUUCUACUGUUAUGAGGUACCACAUAUUAGUAAUCCAUUUCGUCCAAAUACCAUAUCAACAAAACAUUUGCUAGCUGUAUCCAUUGCUUCACCACUUUUCAUCAUCCUAUUAGUAGAAGCUGUAGUAUUUGUAAUAUCUGAUGGUCGAAAUAAAUUGCGCAAAUAUUUUCACUUUACCACAUCAAUCUAUCUCAUGUAUAUUGUUUCAUUUGUUAUUGCAACAUUUAUAAUGGAGGUGCUGAAGUGCGCAUUUGCUCGAUUAAGGCCACACUAUUUAAGUGUUUGCCAACCGAACUGGAAGGAAAUCAACUGUACCGAUCCAAAUGCUUAUAUCGAAAGUGUAAAUUGUUUGGGAACGAAUAUGCAUCGAAUUCGUAUCGGACGUCAAAGUUUUCCAAGUGGCCAUACAUCAGCUGCUGUAUUGCUCUUUUUAUUCUUUUAUUUUUACCUGAAAGGUAUUGUUGAUGCUACUGGCAAUAAAUUGUUACGAGUAAUCCGUUUUACGGUGCUAAUUAUAAGUGGUACAUGGACAAUAGUGGUAAUGGUAACUCGCAUAACUGAUUAUUGGCAUUAUCCGACGGAUGUUUUAGGUGGAAUAAUAUUAGCUCUUUCAUGCGCGUAUAUUUUUAUUCGGAAGACACACUCUUCAUUGGUUUAUCAGAAUCGUUUGUUGGAAAAUAUGCAUAAUUCAUAA